AUGGCGUCCCAACCUGCCGAGCAUGAGCGCGUGGCGUGCCCGAACUGCGCUGCACGUCUGCCGUUCGCGGUGAUGAAUGAGCACCUAGACCGGUGCCUGCAAAAGACACCAUCGCCAGAAAAGAAGCGGCCUGCUCAGAACGAGGCACCGCGAUCCAAGGCGCGUCGCACCACGACUCUGCCUUUUGCCGAGCGCAUGCGCCCACACUCGCUGGACGAGUACGUCGGGCAGGACGAAGUCGUGCGCGGAUCACUUCGCGCUCUUCUGCGCAAAGGACACAUCCCCUCCAUGGUGCUAUGGGGUCCACCAGGCUCCGGCAAGACGACAUUGGCGCGUAUCGUGACGCACGAGGCCACGACGCCACAGGGACCGCCUUUUCGUUUCGUCGAGCUGUCCGCAACGACCGCCUCGGCCAACGACGUCAAGCGCCUCGUGGACGAGGCCGUUCAUCGGCAGUCACUCACUGGACAGCGCACGGUCCUCUUCAUCGACGAGAUGCAACGCUUUAAUCGGGCACAGCAAGACUUGUUUCUGCCCGUGCUAGAACGAGGUCACAUCACAUUGCUAGCAGCUACGACGGAAAAUCCAUCUUUCCGGCUGCAGGGCGCACUGCUCUCGCGACUCCGAGUCGUCGUGCUCUCGAAACUCACUGAAGACGACUGUCUCUAUAUCCUCGAGCAAGCCAUGGCUCGUGUUCGCCGUGGACACGACGAUGAAUUUCAAGGCGGUGCCUACGCGUGGAUCGACUCGGAGCUCCUUCGCUGGAUCGCGCGUAUGGCAGAUGGCGAUGCACGCGCGGCGCUCCAAGCACUCGAAUUGGCACUGGUGAGCGAAGGACACCAAGACCGCGAGCACCUCCAGACAAGUCUGCGACGCACCGCCCUCAAGUACGAUCGUGCUGGCGAUGCACACUACGACACGAUCAGCGCCUUGCAUAAAAGUAUCCGUGGCUCAGACCCAGAUGCCGCGCUGUACUGGCUUGCACGGAUGGUGGCCGGCGGGGACGAUCCCCUGUUCAUCGCGCGGCGCCUCAUUGUGUGUGCCUCGGAAGACUGCUGCUCUGCUGAGAUGCUGAAUCUCGCUACAGCAACGUACCGCGCGUGCGAAAUUGUCGGAUUGCCCGAGUGCGGCAUCAACUUAUCGCACUGCGUCGUCACCCUGGCCGAAUGCCCCAAAAGCACACGGUCGUACCGCGCCUGGAAAAAGGCCCUGUCCAAGGUGGCGUCAGACUACAAUUACCCUGUACCACUACAUAUACGGAAUGCACCGACGCGCUUGAUGAAGGAAUUGGGUUACAGUGCCAUGUAUCGCUACGAACCAUCGUUUGCGCACCCCGUGUAUCAGGAGUUUUUCCCGCCUGAACUCCACGGCACGCGAUUUCUCUCGCCGCCGCCAUCGCCAGAGAGCGUGUCGCACGUGCUACCAACCGAGGCGGCCACGGGCCCCGGAUCGUGUCAGCGCCAGUUCCAGCUGGGAGACCGAGCCGUUGACUUGGACCUGCUGCAAGAGUGGGAGGAAAAGCGGAACGAUCACCAGCCAUGGGCUGGUCGCGCUGCCUUAGAACGUCGACUUCAGCGGCAGGGGUCGGCCCCAUAG